UUCUAUAGAAAUACAAACAAGUUACUGUCUGUUUUUUAUAAAUAGUGUGAAUUUUAUUUCAUUUCAUUUUAUUUCUUAUUAUUUUAUUCUAUAUAUUUCUUUCUAAUUCUGUGUAUACAUGUUGACGGCUACAUGCACCUUAAUAACGCAACAACAAGAAAAUCCUCGUAUGUAUCCUGUCACUGCCUGGCAAUAAAACUGAAUCUGAUUCUGGUUCUGAUAUGAAAAAGGAAUAAGUAGUACAUUAGAGAAUGUACAAUUCCCGUAUCUUUGAUGCUCGUUUAGCAGAUUUAUUUAUUUGUGAUGUUUAGAUUUUCAAUGUCUAGAAAUCCUGGGACGAGGCACGGGUUCCAAGACAAACGACCGCAAAGAGUUUGCAGUAUUUAGUCAUUUAAUCUCUUUUCACUCAGAGCCGUGAUGAUCCUUUACGUUGUGUUGGGCAGAACGAUUCAUGGAAAUGUAAACUUGCCUCCGACAGUAGCGACUCCACGUUAUUCUGGCUUUGUCCCUCGAAUCUUUUCCGCCCGCAAACUGCGUUCGUCUUUCCACGAUCGCACCCGUCAGUGUCUCACGUGUCCUCUGACCAGAAACAUCCGGAAAACAUCCGGCCUCGUCUCGCAGUUUCAACAAACCGCGCUCCGGGAUCCAUGUGAUUAUCUCGCGCUGAUGACAGACAGAAACCCGUUUGUCCGUAUUGGAGCAGGGACCUGUCGAGGGACACAUUACUGCUCGUUCCACUCUGUAAUCAGGGACCUUGAUGACUUCCUGUGACACGCCGAGGGCCUCAGACAGGAAGUGGCGGCGGCGGCGGCGGCGGCGGCGGCGGCGGCGGUGGCGGCGGCCUCCAUUUCUAGGAAGGAAUCAUUUUCAGUUUGACAUGUCAUUGUUGUUUCCUGUGAAGUUAUGGCCGCUAGAUAUACUUUUAUGGUUUCAUUGUUUCACACAGUUUCAUUGUUUAACUUCAACCUGCGUGUUUCUGUUUUAUUCUCUUCUCCUUCCCGUCCAGACUCGAAACUGUGACACGAUGAAAGUUGCCGUCGUCUUCGUUCUGCUCUUCGCCACCGUUCUCUGCCGACCGGCGAAAAAAGUCACCAUCAGCAGUUCAGAGAGUUCUGAAGAAGUGAGACGUCCUGCCAUCAGGAAUAAGGAGGCCUUGGUUCCCCAGACAGCACCUGUACAGGCCGCCGCCGCCGCCUCCGCCUCAGACGAGAGCGCCGACCUCUCAGCGGAGGUAGAGGAGGCAGCGGAGGCUCCAGCGCCGGAUUACAAAUCCAGCGGCCCGGACACGACCUCCGCCCCAGAGACAGAGACGGCCAGUGUCAGUGACGACAGCCACGACGACGACGACGACGACGACACUGACACCGAGGAGGAGGAGGAGUCCAGCGACAGCGACGAGUCUGGCGAGUCGUCCACCCUGGCGGCCGUCACCGUCAGCCCCGUGAUCGUCACGGAGGAGCCCGCGGUCGGCACCACCGAGGAGCCCAUCGUGCCGACCAUCGUCGCCGGCCCGGAGACGGCCCGCGGCGACAGCCUGGGCCGCUACCCCAGCGACUACAAGUCCAUCGUCUACGGCGGCGAGGACAAGUCCUACCACAAGGUCCCCGCCCCCUACAAGUCCUACGAGUACGUGGACGCCGGGAAAAAGGCGGCCUACGACAUGACCCACGGCAACGAGGUGGAGAAGUCACUGAAGGUGUACAAGGCUCUUCAGGUCCACUCCGACCUCCUGGAGGAGGACACCAGCACCCCUGAUGUGGAGAGCCAGGGCCUGGACGCCGCUCAGGACCAGGACAUCAGCGUCCGCCAGGCCUCCAUUCCUGGGGAGCCGGAGGAGGAGGAGAGCGCCAGCGCCAGCGAGGCGAGCGCCGGCCAGAGCGACAGCACCAGCGCCCCGCAGGAGGAGGACGACGAGAGCGCCAGCGCCGCGAGCGACAGCGCCAGCGCCAGCCUGGAGUCCGAGGACGAGGAGAGUCAGAGCAGCGAGGAGGCCACGGCCACGCCCGGCGCCGCCGACAGCGACUCGGACGAGAGCGACAGCGUCGAGGGCGAUUCGGAUGAGGAGGGGGCGGUGCCCGUCGCCACCACCGAUGUGCCAAUGGUCAUCACCGCCAAAUAAAGCCCCACCCAUGCAGGAAGUGGAGGAGAUAAAGAGCGCACGCUGCCUCUUUAGGUGCAAAACUAAAGAAUCCUCUCGAGCCGCUUUCCACUGCAGGGCCAAACAUGGACGCCCCCCAAGGCUUUAUGAUUAUUGAUUUCAAUAUUUCAACAUUUCUCAUUGAAGCAGAAAAGCUUUGUUUCUGAUCACUCAUAUUUAACUACACUGGUCUUGGUAAACACCACGUUUGACCCUGCAGGGAGAAAGUGGUCGAAACUGACGACCGCUACCUGCAACAGGAGGUCCACUGACCUCGUGACCUUUGUCCCGCCCCCCCCUCUGACCUUGUGACCUUUGCCCCCCCCCCCCUCACCUCUGUCGCUCCGGGUGACGAGGUCAGAACUGGAGAAGGAACAAAGAAACCGCUGGGUUCUGAUAUGUACACUCGCAAACCCACUGCAUUUAACCACCAAUUAACGACUGCAAGAUGCCGACUGACACUGUUACUUGCUUUUUUUCAAAUAAAAGAAACGGUUUAUUUAAAUAUUUGUAAUCUUUUCACUCAUAUUCGUGUCAUUAAGUCACACACGUGCUUUUCCUGCUCGCUCGUAUCACACGCUGCUGCUGGUUGUAGAAGGAGAAACUGGUCGUCCACCCGGUACGAAGUUCAGACAACAACAACUACAACAACAACAAUAGCAACAACACAGUCCGGUUUACUUUGCACAGUUCCUACACUACUACACUACAUGUUGUUUUGUCUCAUGUUGUUUUUACUGUGUCGUGUAUCAUAUUGUACCUAUUUCUAAAAUAUUAAUAAAGUUCUUUUUUCAUUCAU